UAUGGACAAAAACACAAAAUUGAAGCCCAUUGUACCAUUUUGUCAAUACUGUCAAGUUUUUCCUAUUGUGUACAUCGGAUGACUAGUGAUGGAGGAAGAUCCAAAGAGAGAUUAAUCUCCUUAUUUUCCGGAGCUAGCGCCGGUUUCGUGGAAGUAUGCAUAAUGCACCCACUGGAUCUGGUGAAGACCAGGCUGCAGCUCCAAUCUGCCAGCAAAUCAUCGACCAAAUCAGAGUACUACACCGGCAUAACUGAUUGCAUGAGGAAAAUGUACAAAAACGAAGGGAUCCUAUCGUUUUGGAAGGGCAUCCUUCCACCAAUAGUGGUGGAUACUCCACGAAGAGCAAUAAAAUUCUUCACUUUCGACGAGUAUAAAAGAAUGUUCAUGUUUGGGCAGGCGAAGGCAAACGCUUUGACCUACUCACUUGCUGGAGCUUGUGCUGGUGCUACAGAAAGUAUAUUGGUGAACCCCUUCGAGGUUGUUAAAAUUCAUCUGCAAGCAAACAGAGCUAAAAUAAAAGAAGUACCUUCUUCUUUCUCUGUCGCAAAGGAGAUUUACGAGAAAGAUGGUCUUGGAUCUAAAGGUUUAUAUAAAGGGCUCACUGCUACAAUUAUGAGGGGUGCGGUGUUUAAUGUAGCAUAUUUUGGGUUAUACCAUUCCGUCAGGGAUUUUUCUUCUACACACAACAGAAAUUUAGGGGUUGCUGAAAAAAUAGGUUUAGGAUUUGCUGCAGGAACACUAGCUUCAGUGGCCAAUAUUCCUUUCGAUGUUGCCAAGUCAAGAAUACAAGGACCCCAACCACAAUUAGGCAAAGUAAAAUAUAAAAGUUGUAUCAAAACCAUACUGCUAGUACAUAAGGAGGAGGGUUGGAGAGCCCUUUAUAAGGGAUUAAUUCCCAAAGUUCUCAGGCUGGGCCCCGGUGGGGCUAUCAUGUUUCUGGUGAAUGAAUAUGUGGCUAAAUUCUUAAUGGAAUAUUUUAAGUAACAAAACAAAGUACAAAACUUAAAACGAU